CAAUUCCAUUCAACUCGUUGCAGGAACAAGUCAAACUGGAUGCCAGCAAACAGGUAAUCAGCCCAGACGAUUGUGAGGAUCUCAGUCCAAUGCCACAAACAGCUGCACCGCCCGUUCGCCGGCGCGGCGGCAUCUCCGCCGAGCCGGUGACCGAAGAGGACGCCACCAACUAUGUUAAGAAAGUCGUACCCAAGGAUUACAAGACAAUGAAUGCCCUGUCCAAGGCCAUAGCCAAAAAUGUGCUCUUCGCCCAUUUGGAUGAGAGCGAACGCUCCGACAUAUUCGAUGCCAUGUUCCCGGUGAACCAUACGGCUGGCGAGAAUAUCAUACAGCAGGGCGACGAGGGCGACAAUUUCUAUGUCAUCGAUGUGGGCGAGGUGGAGGUCUUUGUGAACUCUGAACUGGUGACCACCAUCAGCGAGGGCGGCAGCUUCGGUGAGCUGGCUCUCAUCUAUGGCACACCACGUGCCGCCACGGUGCGCGCCAAGACCGAUGUCAAGCUGUGGGGCAUCGAUCGCGACAGCUACAGACGCAUCCUGAUGGGCUCAACCAUACGCAAGCGUAAGAUGUACGAGGAGUUCCUGUCGCGCGUCUCCAUACUGGAGAGCCUGGACAAGUGGGAGCGCCUCACCGUUGCCGAUUCCCUGGAGACGUGCUCCUUUGAGGAUGGCGAAACGAUUGUCAAACAGGGCGCAGCCGGCGACGACUUCUACAUCAUACUCGAGGGCUGUGCCGUUGUCCUGCAGCAGCGCUCGGAGCAGGGCGAAGAGCCCGCCGAGGUGGGUCGCCUGGGCUCCAGCGAUUACUUUGGCGAGAUUGCCCUGCUCCUGGAUCGGCCACGCGCAGCAACUGUUGUCGCUCGCGGCCCGCUCAAAUGUGUCAAGCUGGACAGAGCGAGGUAA